GGCGUGUCCCUUUGUGCGCGGCGCAGGGGCGGCCCCGAUCCAUGGUCAUGGGCGACAAGAAGAGCCCGACCAGGCCAAAGCGGCAAGCGAAACCCGCGGCGGACGAGGGCUUUUGGGACUGCAGCGUGUGCACCUUCAGGAACAGCGCCGAGGCCUUCAAGUGCAGCAUCUGCGACGUCCGGAAAGGCACCUCCACCAGAAAGCCUAGAAUAAACUCUCAGUUGGUGGCACAACAAGUUGCCCAGCAAUAUGCAACCCCACCACCACCUAAGAAGGAGAAGAAGGAAAAAGUGGAAAAACAAGAUAAAGAAAAACCUGACAAAGAAAAAGAAAUCAGUCCAAGUGUUACAAAAAAGAACACUAACAAGAAGACUAAACCAAAGUCGGAUAUAGUGAAAGACCCUCCUAGUGAAGCAAACAGUAUACAGUCUGGGAAUACUACAACAAAGACCAACGACUCAAAUCACACUUCAAGACCCAGACUGAAAAAUGUGGACAGAAGUACUGCACAGCAGCUGGCAGUCACAGUGGGAAAUGUCACAGUAAUUAUCACAGACUUUAAAGAAAAGACUCGCUCCUCGUCCACGUCGUCUUCUACAGUGACCUCCAGUGCAGGCUCAGAACAACAGAAUCAGAGCAGCUCUGGCUCUGAGAGCACAGACAAGGGCUCGUCCCGCUCCUCCACACCAAAGGGGGACAUCUCGGCAGUCAACGACGAAUCUUUCUGAAAAAUUGCACAUGGAGUUGUGGAAACUAUGAAUCGGGGUAUGAAAUUCAAACACUCCACCUGCCCAUGCUGUUUGAAUCCUGGAGAGCCUCUUCUGUGCUUGAAAACCCACUUUCUUGGACAUCGACCUCUUACUGAUGCAACCAGGAUAAUUUCUGCUUGCCAUGGGCAUCUGGCCACCAAGGAAUUUCUCACCCUAAUGAUUACUCUUGACACUUUUAUGUAUUCCAUUGUUUUAUAUGAUUUUCCUAACAAUCAUUUAUAAUUGGAUGUGCUCCUGAAUCUACUUUUUUAUAAUAUCUGCUGUGCACAAUUUUCCAUGAACAUUACAAGUUUUUGUUUUGGGGUAGGGCGUGGGUGGGAAGGGAAGGGGGCUUUAUUUAUUGCAUUCACAAACUCCAUCCUCUUUCAACAUAUCCUUUUUAAGUUCAGUUCUUCUUCCAGUUAUACUGUGUACUAUCAGUUUUGAUAUAAAUUAUAUAUAAAUAUAUAUAUAAAUAAAUAUAUAUAAAGGGUUAUUUGAAACCAAUACAUGGAAACGCUGGUGCUUGAAACACUGUGAAGUGAAAAAAAUAUUGAACAGUUAAAGAUCUGGGACAGUCCCCUUCUGUGAAGUACUGAAACUGAAACAGAACUGGUCUAAGGCGAAAAGUGCGUUCCUGAAGGUUUGAACCUGGAUGGGACCAUUCGCUCUAUUCUUCCUUCCCCCUUUCUUCUCUUAUUAAUAGCAAAAGAAGUGCUGGCCAGACAGCCCUGAAUUUUCCACAUUGGGAUCUGAGACUGGGAGGUUGCUCUGGGUAGCUCGUGUUUCCAGGAGGGUGGCUCAGAGUGGCCGUGGGCAAGUCUGGGUCCUAUGGGAGAGCAAGAGCCCAGCACGAGGCUGGUUCUCGAAUGCCAUGGGGUAACGUAGGGCUUGCUAAUGCAUCUGUCGCUGUCCUGUGUGGCCCAUCCCGCAGACCUUUGGUGUCUUUAGGUUGCUAAAUUUCCUGCAUUUUCCAUGCUGUUGGGCUUAUAUUUUUUUGUUUGAAAUCCAUCUGUAUUCCAAGAGCGAUUCCUGAACAGUUUAUCAUCCAGCGAUGACAUUAGCCCUGUCAGUGUUUGGACACUUGUGGAUACCCUGCUGUGGAAAUGGAAGUUGUGAAAAGCUUUCAUGCUGGCAAGUAAGCAACAAGUGCAACUCGUGACCAGAAUCUCCUUCGUUCUUGCCCUAAGGCUGUUCACACUGAUUUACUUUUAUAUUUUUUUUUCCUGGCCUGUUAGUGUUGUUUUACAGUUUACCUUCUAUGCAUUAUCCUGCUAAAACACUAGUCUGAAGAAGUGAAACAAACUUUUUUUUUCCUGUUUUAAUAACCUCUUUUGUCUUUUUGUCCUUAUUUAGUGGCCCCAGCGUGCUUUGCAGUAAUUUCAGGCACAGAGACUGUGACUUUAUUUGACAUCAAAUACAUAACUUUCAGGUAUGACAAAAGAGGGCCGCUUAUUGGCAACUUUUUGCCAGCUUGUUACAUUAUGAAUUAUUUGAUUAUUUGCUUAGCAAGAAGAAAUUCUCUUUGUGGAGGCGACUGCAAAAUUUCUUUUAAAAUCCGUGUGGCUUUGAGCAGCAGAUGUAGGCUCUUUUUCAUGCUGGUGACAGAAAUCUGUGAUUAACUAACUCACUAGACCUCUGCUCGAAGGUACGUGCAAUGGCAAUGCCUUUGCAACUAUGACUUUCUUCUGAACGUGUUAGCCCAGGCACCCCAAUUUAAUUCUGCUUAUAUUCACGUUAUAGACCGUCUUUACCUUUUUAAGCAUUUUUAAAGUAUUUAUUAAAGAACCAAAGGAAACCAGAUGCUACCUGUGAGCAUCAUGACAAUUUAUUAUGCAUAGUUUUAAAUACUAUGAAUUUCUCAAUCCACAUUUUAACAUUAAUGGGAUAUUGCAAAGACAUUCCUUUUCCAGUUUUUACUGUUCCUUUAAGGGUCUCAGGGAGGGUAAACUGGUCAGCCAUAUUUAUUUAUUUUACUGAAAUGUAUUGGAAUAAUUUUUUAAGAGAGAUUUUUUGAAAAUGCCCCUGAACUUGUAUAUUUUGCACUGCUUUAUAAAUGAUCCAUUAUCAAUUAGGCUCGCAUGCAUUUUGGCCAGGAUCCAGCAAAGUGUGGAAGCAAGUGGCCUGUCCCUCCGGCUCUGGGAGGGGAACUAAUUUUGGUGCUUAAAGUGAACCACGUGCUUGCAUUCUGGGUUGGAUCUGGGAAAUUGUGAAGAGAAAAAAAAAAAAAAAAAAAAGGGAGAGGGGAAAAAAAAGGCAUUGUGUAUACCAGGAAAUUGCUUCUUUAUAAAGUGAAUGGACCUGUAGAUUAGUUGAAAAAGCUUUAACACAGUAACCAGCUGCUCAUAGGCUGCUGAAUAAGUCAGUAAAAUCUAUUUUAUCUAUGUUUUGGGUGUGCCUCCUUGAUAAAAUAGCUUACUAUAAAUAAGUGGGAAAAUUUUUUUGGAACAAGUGACCUGGAAUUUUGUGUUUAAUAGAAAUUGCUGGCUAAGCAUUGAACUUAACCGGGCCUCAUCUUAGCUGUUGUGUUGUGAAUUUGAAGGGUAGUGUUUACUUUUACACUUGAUUUCUAAAUGUGACGCCCUCAAGACAUGUGUCUGGAAAUGGAAUUCCCUUCUCACUCUGCAUCCUGAAGUUAUCCCACUAUUUUGGGGGAGCAUGUUUAAAUAAAUAAAAGAACAAAAACACUAGUUUAGAGGAAGGACCAGAUUCUUGGUAUUCAGUGGCACAGAAAGCAGGUAAGUAAAGCACAGUGUUACGUUUGCUAAGUUUCAGCUUUUACACAGACACACACAGACACCAACACAGCUUGCCUGACUUGCUCAGUUUGACAUAGUUACGCAAAGGGAAAAAUAAAAGCAUUUUACACAAACAGGCUAUUUAUUUUAAUUGGAACACUUUGCUUGUUUCAAAUUGGACAGAUCUAAAAUUUGGCAGUAGCUUCUGUGAGUUUCUUUCCACUGAGAUGUUUUCACCUGCCUUAUCAAGAUCAUUCUCAGUCUACUUUUUUAAGCUCUACCAUAAACUUAAAUUAUUGAAAAUUUAUUAAUUGCUGACUAUAUAAUAACCUUUGCUUGUAUGUAACCGAAUGGUUUUAAGAGCCAACAUUUAGAGUAUGACAAUGGAGCUGAACAGUUUUUAAUGCGCAAGCAGUUCUGUUCUUGUGUAUGACUUGUAACCUUAAUUUACUGUGUAAAGAUGGUUACAUUAUUUCCUUAGCUUUGUUUGUUGGAGACAAAUAUAGAAUGCUUGUUUAAGUAUGUCAAAACAUAAUCU